UUUAUUGUUCAAAACUCGGUCAACGUCAUUUCACAACAGAAUAAAGAGUUUUGAUAAAACAUAACAAAAACUUUUCUUAAACCAUCACUCCAAAUAAAAAAUAACGGAAAAAUGAAAUUUGAAAAUUUGUUUUCACAAUUUUUCCGCAAAAAUGUGAUAGUGUGAGUGUGUACAACCUUUCGUCAAAGUUUUUCGAUUCAAAUUCUUUUUACAAUCAUAAAAAAUUCAGUUUUAUCCUCAAGUUGCUCAUGCUAAAAACGAUAAGAUAUAAAAAUUAAUGAAAGAGCAUCUUCUUUCAAAAAAGCAAUACAAUUAAAUAUCAGUUUAAGCCUAAUUUGUGCACAGUUUUGUUUUCUAAAUUUCUGAAAGAAGAAAAAAAAUAAAAAAAUGAUCCAAAAAUAAAAAAGAUGAAAACUCAUUGUCUGCAACUGCGUAACUUUGCUUUUUCGCAAUCUGCUAAUUAAAUAAACAAAUCAAAGCAAAAAUAUGGGCGACCAAAAGGAUAAAAAUGAUAUACGAGAGGAUUAUACGAAAUCUGUCUCACCAAUAUCACGACUGGAUAAUCUCGAACACGCAAUUAUAAACACAAAUGCCACUAAACAUAAAGAUCUACAAACAUCGUCAUCAACUUCAUUAUUUUUAUCAAACGAAACUUCCAGUAAGAUUCUCAGUGUCGAGUCAUUACUCGAUUGUCUGAUUGUGCUUUAUGAUGAGUGCCAAAAUUCAUCAUUACGACGUGAAAAAACUGUUUCAGAUUUUCUCGAAUUGUUAAAACCAUCAGUAUACAAUAUCAAGCAACUUCGACUUACACGCGAUGAUUUUGAGAUUCUCAAAGUGAUUGGACGUGGUGCAUUUGGAAUUGUUUGCGUCGUUCGAAUGGUGAUCACAAAUAAAGUUUAUGCCAUGAAAAUUCUUAACAAAUGGGAGAUGUUAAAGCGAGCCGAAACUGCUUGCUUCCGUGAAGAACGCGAUGUUUUGGUGUUUGGUAAUCGUCAAUUCAUCACCAAUCUUCAUUUCGCAUUCCAAGAUGAUUCCAAUCUGUAUCUGGUGAUGGAUUAUUAUUGUGGUGGUGACUUAUUGACCUUGCUUAGCAAAUUUGAAUGUCGUCUUCCUGAAGAAAUGACAAAAUUUUACAUCGCUGAAAUGAUCAUUGCGAUUUCUUCAGUUCACAAUCUCAAUUACAUCCAUCGUGACAUAAAACCUGACAAUAUUGUGCUCGAUGCAAAUGGUCACAUUCGUCUUGCUGAUUUCGGUUCCUGCUUGAAGCUCGGACCGAAUGGAAAAGUUCAAUCAAAUGUCGCUGUUGGAACGCCUGAUUACAUCUCACCGGAAAUUCUUCGUGCCAUGGAAGACGGUAAAGGAAAAUACGGAACGGAAUGCGAUUGGUGGUCACUUGGUGUGUGUAUGUAUGAAAUGUUAUUCGGUGAAACGCCUUUUUAUGCUGAAAGUUUAGUCGAGACUUAUGGGAAGAUUAUGAAUCAUAAGAAUUCGUUCGAUUUUCCACCUGCCGAUCCCGAAUAUCCUGUCAGUGACAAUGCAAAAGACUUAAUCAAGAAACUUAUCUGUUCGCCAGAAGAAAGAAUUGGCAAGAAUGGUCUCGACGACUUCCGCAAUCAUCCUUGGUUUGAAGGCAUUGAAUGGGAAACGUUGAGAGACGGUCAAGCGCCUUACGUGCCCGAUGUUAAAAGUCCAACUGACACAUCAAAUUUCGAUGUCGAUGACACUGAUGUGAAGCUUUUAUCAGAUGCUGUUCCACCAACAUCCAAUCCCGCAUUUUCCGGUCAUCAUUUACCAUUUGUUGGCUUCACAUUCACACAACAUAGCAAUUUAUCAGAUCUGGGAUCGGUUGUUGCAGCAUCUGUGGUGACAUCGAAAUGUAAUGGCGAACGGGUGAAUCCAGAAAGCACAAGAAAACUUCAAGAUGAGAUAAACAUGUUGACGAAGAGAAAUGGCGAACUUGAAAGUCAAUUGAAAUCAAUGAACGGCAAUGGCGCUUCAGAUUCAGUUCCGAAAAUCUUAGAAUUGGAAUCAAUUUUGUCACAACUUCGUAAAGAGCAUGAAGAGAAUAUGAAAGAAAAGAUGAAACUUCUUGAUAACUUGAAAGCUCUUGAAUCUGAUUUAAAGACGAGCACUCAACAGAAUAAACAACGUUUGCGUGAGUUUAUGGAUUUGAGUGAUGAAGCGAAGGAAUUGAGAACUCAAAAGAUGAUUUUAAGUCGUCAACUUCGUGACAAGGAAGAAGAAUAUGAGAAAUCGAGUGAGAAAAUUGAUGGCUUGCGUAAUGAGUUGAGACAAGUUGAAAAGAUUCGUCGCGAGAUUGAAUCAAAACUUCAAGAAUCAAUUGCUGAUGUGAAUCGUGAACGACAGGCGCGUGAACGAAGUGAAGAAUUUAGUCGACAAUUGCAAGCUAAAGGCUCGAAUUUGAAUGUCCAUGAAGCAACAUUGAAGAGGGAAAUUGAACGAUUGGAGAUCGAGAAGAAAGAACUUCUUGCCGAACAGCAAACGAGAAUGAAUCAUGAAUUCGGCAUCAUGAGAGAUCAAAUGAACGAACUGGAAACGAAGAGAAAUUUGAUGCAAAGUGAAGUUCAUCAAAUGCGUGACAAACUUGAUGUGAGUCGGCAAGAAGUUGGAAGAUUAGAAGAGCAAGUCAGUGCCAUGAAGAAAGACAAACAAAAUUUGAUUGAAGACAAUUCACGAUUAGUUGGUGAGAUGGAAAUUUUAAACGACACGAAUCGACGUUUGCAGACGGAACAAUCACAAUUGGCGAUUGCGAAUUGGGAACAGCAAAUCAAUGAAAUUAUUCAAUGGGUGAGCGAUGAGAAAGAUGCACGAACAUAUCUUCAAGCGUUGGCAUCAAAGAUGACUGAAGAGCUGGACGUGCUGAAAGGUUCAGGCGCGUUGCAGCAGAAUCAAGACAAGAAUUGGCGUAAUCGUCGAUCACAAAAACUUGAAAAGAUGGAAUUACUUAAUCUUCAAAGCUCAUUACAAAGUGAGAUUCAAGCGAAAGCAAUAAUUUCUGAUGAAUUGAGUCGAACACGAGCGGAUUUGGUCGCAGCACAAAAGGAUCUAAACGAUUUUCGUCAACACAACGACUCGAUUCUCAACGAAAUGAUGCGAAAAGACAAGUUGAUUAAAGAACUACAAUUCAAAUUGGAGCACAAUGAAGGAUUUUUGGAUCGGCCUUCAUCCCAAAUGUCAUAUCUGGAGCAUUUCCUCAAGGAUACAUCAAACAACAUCUACAAUAAUUUACCGCCGCUGCCAACAACAAGUCCAACAUCGACAGUGUCGAGGCCAAUCAUCCAUUCGAGUCCAUCAACUCAACAUAAUCAACAACAACCGAUUUACCAUAACCAACCGACAAUCAGCUCUCCAAGAUCAAAUUACUCUUUGGAAGAUCGUGAUGGUGUCAAUCGUAACUUAAGCUUCACAAGCUCUAAAAGUAAUCUCAGUGAUGCAUCUUAUGAUCAUUCAAGAGCUAAAUUGCAUCAAUUUGUUGUGAGAAGCUUUACAUCACCAACAAAGUGCAUGCAUUGCACAUCAUUGAUGAUCGGAUUAACACGUCAAGGUGUCGUUUGUGACUUGUGUAACUUUGCUAGUCACACUGCUUGUUUUUCAAAAGUUCCUCCACAAUGUCCCGUGCCAGAGAAUCAAACAAAACGUCCAAUGGGAAUUGAUCCAACGCGUGGCAUUGGCACGGCAUAUGAAGGAUAUGUGAAAGUUCCUAAACAAGGCGUAAUAAAACGCGGUUGGAUUCGACAAUUUGUCGUUGUAUGCGAUUUUAAAUUGUUUCUUUAUGAUAUAUCAGCGGAACGUGGUGCACAGCCAAGCAUUCAAGUCGCACAAGUUUUAGAUAUGCGUGAUCCUGAAUUUUCUGUUGCAACGGUUCGUGAGAACGACGUGAUUCAUGCAAAUAAACGUGAUGUGCCUUGCAUUUUUCGAAUCACAACAUCACUUCUUGACGGUGGAAAUAAAUUAAUAACAUUAAUGUUAACUGACACCGAGACAGAUAAGUCGAAAUGGGUGACAGCAUUAAGUGAAUUACAUCGGAUUUUGAAGAAGAAUAGUUUACCAAACACGGCUGUGUUUAAAGUGAAAGAAGUUCUUGACAGUUCCUUGAACAUUCUCAGGAAUUGUAUAAGUGCAGCGAUAAUCGAUAAAGAUCGUUUAUUGAUGGGGUGUGAUGAUGGAUUGUACUGUGUUGAGCUUGAUUGUUUCGAAUAUAUUCGAAUUGGUGAAUCAAAGAAAAUCCAUCAAAUUUGGUAUGUGAAAAGUGAACAAUUAUUGGUGGUUUUAUGUGGAAAGCAACGACACAUUCGUUUGUUACCAAUUCGAGCUUUGGAAGUUCCUGACGUCGAAUGGAUUAAAGUGUCGGAUACAAAGAAUUGUGUUUGUGCUUGUACGGGAAUUAUUCGUUAUGGUGGACAACAAAACAUUUAUGGCUUGGCGAUAGCUUUGAAGAAACAAAAUGGAACGUUAAUUGUUGUUUAUGAGAUUGACAGAAACAAGCAACGACAUCACAAACUCUUCGAAUUUACUGUAAAUGUUUCAGUUCAAAAUAUGCAAAUUCUCUCUGAUGGACGUUUAGCUGUUGGUCAUCCUGGUGGAUUUACAGCUUAUCAUCUUCAAGCUGAUGCUGCUAAAAUGCCACUCGUUCAUCCUGAUAAUAAUCUCAGUCACUUUCUUAUGUAUUCGAGUACCGAUACAUGGCGUGUCAUUGAAGUUAAUCAACAAUCUAGUCAAACUGAUAGCGACGAUGGCUUAGCUGCUUGUGAUGCAAGCGAGUAUCUUCUUGUCUUUCAAACGCUCGCUGUUUACGUUGAUCAACAAGGAAGGAAGACGAGAGAUCGUGAAAUUAUGUAUCCGGCAGUGCCGACAUUCAUCACUUAUUGUGAUGACAAUUAUUUGUUGGUUUAUUCUGAUACACAUCUCGAUGUAUUUGACAUCAAAACAGCAGAUUGGAUUCAAUCGAUUGGCCUUAAAAAGCCGCGUCCUUUGAGUAACGAUGGAAAUUUAAGCUUAAUGAUGAUGAAUGAAUCGCCAUAUGUCGUUUACCUUUCAAAUAUGAAUGUGAAAGGAUUAAUUGACACUGAAAGUAUUGAACGUUCGAUGCCACGACGAAGAUUCUCAUUGCGUGAGUCAAGUCGCAUUCGAACAGCGGCAACUGAUCGACGAUCGAAAAUGAUUUCAGCGCCAACAAACUUUAAUCAUGUUUCACACAUGGGACCUGGAAUACAACAAAAGUUUGUUGAUUUACCGACAACCAUUGAAACUGCUGACGAUAUUGUCACACAAAGAGCGAAUUUACGUCCGGCACCACCACGUCCAACGACGAUGCCACCACAAAGCAGUCUUAGGAAAAGUAUUUCGAACGUUCGGCCAAAAGAAACGCCACCAAGUUUGCCACAUUCGCCAUCACCUCUCGGCUCGAUGAGUUCACUUGCUGAGAGUAUUUUAAAGGUUGCAGAUAGACAAACUGAAUCGCUAUCUUCACGACGCCAUAGCUCGAGCUCUUCAUUCUCGGGUGCUGAAUCUUAAAACCAGUUUUAUUAAUAAACUUCCAAGAAAUUUCUUUUCUUCCUAUUUUUAUCGUUCGUUCUGAUAAUGAAUUUCGUGACAAACUUACCAUUUACUCUCACUUAUUACUCCACCAAUUAAUUCUACAAAUAUUUGUAUAACUUAAUGAAGACGAAUUUUAUCUUCGCUUUCUUUCUCUCUCUAUCUACACACAAAUUAAAUGCGGAAAAAAACAGCAAAACAAAAAGGCGAAAAAGCAAAAUUCACAUUUUUCAUGUCUAGGAAUUUAUUCGAAAUUAAAGCAAGCGAUAUCAUUAAAUUAUUUAUUGGCCUCAUGAUCAUUAGUUGUAGGAACUAAACAAAAAUGAAAUUAAUUAAUUUUGAGGGUGAAAAGAUUUUUUUUAUGAGUGGAAAUGAAAUUGAAGAAUUUUUUUAUCGUCAACAAAACUUCAAUGAGAACAAAAUAAUUUUCCACCCACGCACCCUCAUGACUAAACUAACACAAAAUGUGGACUAAAAUUUAUUAGAUGAAACAAAAAAUGAAAAUCAAAAGCUAAGAAGAAAAUUUUCUCAUUUUUUUAAUUUUAUUUAUUUCGCCUUUUUUAUCAACAACUCCAAUAGAUCAUUUUUUCGAUCAAAAUUUCUCUUGUAAUUACCUAAUUAAAUUUAUUUAGUUUAAUUGACAUUGGAUUAUCUAACACAUUUUCGCUGGAAGACAAAUCAGAUUUUUUAUUUAAUUUAAUUUCUUUUUUAAAUUUAUUUGUCGACACAAAAUGAAAAAUGAAUAAAAUAAAAUUAAUCAAUUUGUAACUGAAAAUGAAAGUUUUUCUCUUUAUAGAAGUUGUGGUAGUAAGAAAAACGAGUAAUAAUUAAUUUUAUUAAUUUAUUUAUUUA